GAUCGACGUCCAAAGCUGAUGUUGGAUUUUUCUCUCUUCAUCCUCCAUCCGGACGGCUUUGGAGGUGAUAUAUGCCAGCACCGGUCGAUAUCCUCUCAUAGUCGCCAUCACCCUUACUGAUCUGCAGUAAUAAGAGCGCACCUCCACAUACCCGUACACGUGCAGGACACAGCCAGUGGUAUCCUGCCUCGCCUUCCAUCGACUUGGUCAUCCAAAGCUAUCUUGAUAAUUCGCCUGUGCUUCGAUCAUAAUAAUACUCGUCUUCAUCCGGUCGCUCUCCGGUCGGUUUCAAUCCCCCCGUUUUUUGAUGGCAUCAUCCGAAAUGGCAGCGGUGGAAAACCCGGAGAAGAUGGCUGCAGUUGAGGCCAGCGCAGAGGAACGCCCUUCGACCGAAUUGGUCAAUGCAUCCGGUCAUCGUCAAGAGCUCGAACGAAACUUCAGCUUGCUCAGUAUUUGUGCCGUCGCUGUUACUACAGGAAACACAUGGAUUGCUCAAGGUGGCAGUUUAGUCACUGCUAUGUAUAAUGGAGGACCAGCCGGAGUUAUCUAUGAAUUCAUUGCUGUUUCCGUCUGUUACUGGAUGGUCGCAGCAUCUAUUGCAGAGCUCGCAUCAGCGAUGCCUUCUGCCAGUGGUGUCUACCACUGGGCCUCGAUCACUGCUGGAAAAUAUGGCCGUAUUUGCGGAUUCUUUGCUGGAUUCUGGAACUGUCUUGCAUGGAUCCUUGGAGCUGCCUCCAUGUCCGCCAUCUUGGGCCAACAGACUGUCUCCAUGUACGCGCUUAUGCAUCCUGACUUCGUCCCUCACGCAUGGCACACAUUCAUCAGCUUCAUCAUCUGCACCUGGAUGUGCUGCUGCAUUGUGCUCUUCAUGAACCGCUUCCUCCCCCACAUUGGUAAUCUUGGCAUGUUCUUCAUUCUUGCCGGUGUGUUCAUCACUAUCAUCGUCUGUGCCGUAAUGCCUCAUGUCAACGGCCAAGCAUAUCUCGACGAUAAGACAGUGUGGCGCACCUGGAAUAACCAGACCGGCUGGUCGAGCAACGGCUUUGUCUUCGUUGCAGGAAUGCUCAAUGGUGCUUACAGUGUUGGCACUCCCGACUGCUCUAGCCACCUUGCAGAGGAAAUCCCACGGCCCAGUCGCAACAUCCCUAAGGCCAUCCUUGCUCAGAUGUCUGUCGGCUUCGUCACCGGUCUGCUCUAUAUGAUCGCCGUCUUCUAUUCCAUCAAUGACCUCGACCUGAUCUACCGCCAGGCCACGGGUACUCGAAGUGGCUCCCUUGGACUGCUGGUCGUUGCCUUCCUGCCCACUGUCAUCACAUGUGCUGGUUGCUACAUCACCGCCGGCCGUACCCUGUGGACCAUUUCUCGUGAUGGAGCGACCCCCUUCUCCGGCUGGCUCGGACGUAUCAAUACCCGGAUGCACAACCCUUUCAACGCAACCCUAGUCUGUGGUGUGAUUAUUACCAUCCUUGCUUGCAUUUACGUCGGAUCAACCACCGCUUUCAAUGCCUUCGUCGGUUGUUUCGUGCAGCUGUCCUCUCUUUCCUACCUCGCCGCCAUCCUCCCUCAUGUCCUCACCCGCCGCUCGACCUUCCAACCUGGCUACUUCUGGAUGGGACGCAUCGGCUACGUCAUCAAUACCCUUAGCUCCAUCUACAUCAUCGCCUUCAUUGUCAUCUUCUGCUUCCCCUACUCCAUGCCCACCAGCGCUGCUACGAUGAACUACGCCAGUUUGAUGACCGGUGCUCUGACCAUCUUCGUGGCCAUCUGGUGGUUCGUCCGUCGGGGCUCCUACGAAGGACCCAAGAACAUUCCUCUGACCGACAAGGCCAUCCUGGACGACGCGAAGUAAAUGUGCGGUCCGAAAAGGUCAAUGCUGGCAUCGGAUAUUCUGACAUUGUUCCAUGAAGUCACAACGCGAUGGUUCUGCCUUUCUCUCUGCAGUUAUCUGCCUUCCUCUCUGCAGUGUAUCGGCGAUGAUAUGAGUGAAUAUUUUGGUGCGACUCAUGAUCUAUAUGUAUUUUAAUUCCCGUUCAAAAGGCUUGGUGCAAUUAUAGAAUCACAAUAAUACCCCUAUAUGAAUUUGAA